AUGUCGCCAACUGAGCAGCUGAAUCGCCUGCACACCCAUGACUUAGAGCUGGGAACAACGGAUGCAGUCCAAAAACAUAUCAGCCGUAACGUCGUACCCCCAAGGCGCGUCUCGCAGCGCCGACUCGACUUCGAACACCGGCGUCCUCGUUGGCUGCGUGAAUGCAUAGCUGAAGCCACCGGAGUGUUCAUGUAUGUGCUGCCCGGCAUCGGCGCCAUCACUUCCUUCACGGUCAAUGCUACAAACCCCAUCGGCUCCACUGCCUUUGGCAGUCUCUUCUCCAUUGGCUUUGCCUUUGCAUUGGGCAUUGCCUUUGCCAUCAUUACAUGCGCGCCAACAUCUGGAGGCCACUUCAGCCCGGCUGUUACCAUUGCGCUGUGGUUUUGGCAAGGCUUUCCCCUCAAGAAGGUGCCAUACUACAUCUUCAGCCAGCUUCUCGGAGGUUUCAUUGCCGCUCUUGUUCUCAUGGGCAUCUACCACCAGCAACUUGAUGAGAUGAAGGAAGUUCUUCUUGCCGCCGGCCAACCUCUUGUUGCCAACGGUGCUCCAGCCAGUGUCUUGUGUUCGUUCCCUAACCCCGGUCAAUCCAUGGGAUAUGUAUUCAUGACCGAGUUCUUCUGCGACUGUUUCGUCGGUCUCAUCAUCUGGGCCUGCCUCGACCCGGCGAACCCCUUUGUCUCUCCAUCUCUCGCCCCUCUUAUCAUUGGACUGGCUUACGGUGCCAUGGCUUGGGCUUUUGGAGCCAACACUCUUACCAUGAACAUGGCUCGAGACUUUGGCCCCAGAGUUGUUGCGGCCAUUUUCUACGGCAGAGAGGCCUUCUCAUACAUGAAUUAUGCUGCUAUUGGAAUCUUUACCAGUAUCCCAGCUACACUGGUUUCCAGCGCCUUUUAUGAGUUUGUUAUGCGAGACAGCUUGAGCGUCAUUGGAACGGGCCAUGCUGUCCACGCAGAUGGAGACGAGGCGUUGGUGAGGCACAUUACUAGAACUACUACUGUCGAGGGUCUUGAGGAGAGGUCAGGCGAAUAUAAGUCUUAG